GCGGUUUUAUACCAUUGUGAUUCCGUGCGCAUCAUGCUUCAUUUCAUUCAUUGCUCUUCGAAAGCGCGCCUUUUCACGCCUUAUGGCUCUUUUCUAAUUUCUGCACCGGGUUUGACUACCUGAGCUGAGUUUCUUCGACUUCUUCAGCCCAUACAAGGUACCAACAUGUCCACUCUGUAUCAGAGCGAGCCACCCGGCUUAGAACCAGCUGAUGUGGCUAUAGUUGUUUUAUACUUCGUGGUCGUUGUUGGAGUUGGUAUCUAUGCUAUGUUUAAGUCCACCCGUAGCACUGUCAGCGGCUAUUUCCUGGCUGGAAGGUUUAUGACCUGGUUGCCAGUUGGGGCUUCAUUGUUUGCCAGUAACAUCGGCAGUGAGCAUUUCAUCGGUCUAGCAGGGUCCGGUGCAGCAGCAGGCAUAGGUGUUGGUGCUUUUGAGUUUAAUGCCUUGAUUCUACUUCAACUCUUAGGCUGGGUUUUCUUACCUGUCUACAUAGCUGGAGGGGUAUGCACCUUGCCUGAGUAUAUCAACAGGAGAUAUGGAGGGCAGAGGAUCCGGGUGUGGCUCUCCAUUCUAUCUAUCCUCCUCUACAUAUUCACUAAAAUAUCUGUGAACCUAUUUUCUGGUGCAUUAUUCAUCAAGCUUGCUCUAGGGUGGAACCUGUAUCUCGCCAUAUUGCUAAUGCUGUUCCUUACAUGUCUCUGUACUAUCACUGGUGGAUUGGCUGCUGUGAUCUAUACUGACACCCUAUGCACCUUUCUGAUGGGUGUUGGCUCACUGACGGUAAUGGGCAUGGGAUUUUCUAAAAUUGGUGGCUACUCUGGCUUGCAAGAGAAGUACAUGAAGGCGGUUGCCAAUGAAACACUCUAUUCUAAUAACACUUGCGGCUGGCCUCGACAUGAUUCCUUCACAAUGCUCAGAGAUCCUGUCAAUUCAGACAUUCCCUGGCCAGGAUUCCUUCUCGGACAGACUGUCGCUUCUAUCUGGUACUGGUGCGCUGAUCAGGUGAUUGUUCAGCGAGCUCUUGCAGCCAAAAGCUUGUCGCAUGCUCAAGGUGCUUGUCUAUUCGCUGGCUACAUCAAGAUUCUGCCUCUCUUCACCCUUGUCAUGCCAGGCAUGAUAAGCCGAGUGUUAUCACCAGAUCGAGUUGCUUGCAGUACUCGUGAGUCUUGCAUGGCAGUGUGUGGGAGUGAAGUCGGGUGUUCAAACAUCGCUUACCCUGAGCUUGUUCUCAAGAUUAUGCCUACAGGUCUUCGUGGUCUGAUGAUGGCUGUGAUGAUGGCCGCCUUGAUGAGUGACUUGACUUCCAUCUUUAACAGCGCCAGCACUCUCUUCACUAUCGACGUGUAUGGCCGGAUCAGGUCCAAGGCAUCCGUCAGAGAGCUCAUGAUUGUAGGACGCGUGAUGGUUGCUGUCAUGACUGGUAUUGGCAUUCUGUGGAUACCUGUGGUACAGAACGUCCAAGGAGGCCAACUGUUUAUUUACAUCCAAGCCGUCAGCGCCUAUUUCUCGCCCCCUAUCGCUUGCCUUUAUGUUGUCUCAAUUCUUUGGACCAAAGCCACUGAGAAGGGUGCUUUCUGGGGGAUGGUGAUUGGUUUUGUGGUCGGUGCUAUCAGAAUGGUGUUGGACUUUGUGUACCUGGCCCCACUAUGUGGGGAGACAGACACUCGGCCUGCUAUCACCGCCAACCUUCACUACAUGUACUUCGCCCUUGUGCUCUUCUGGAUCACCGCUAUCGCCAUAGUUGUCAUCAGUCUCCUCACCAAGCCUCAUGAGGGAGCCAAUACCGCUCGUCUUACAUGGUGGACCUUGAAGGAUGAGUUUUCCACCACUGACCACCUGGAGACUGACCGAGAUGAUGAGAUGGGAAUGGAGAUGUUGGCCACCGAAGAAAAGCCAACACCAGAUAACGAAAAACUAGUUGACACCAAGGAAGCAGACAACAUCGUUCACUCAUUCAAGGACCCGGAAAUACAGAUAAUAGGUGAUAACAAGUCUUUCACUCGUCGCUUCUGUAACUGGUUCUGUGGCUACGAGGCAGACAGCGAGGAAUCCAAGAAAGCUGCCCUGGAGCACAAGCAGCGCCUGGAUGUCAUCAAGCACCUCGAGCAGGAUCCCAAAGCCAAACUCUUCCUUCAAAUUAACGUAGUGAUAAUCCUGUGUGUUGGCCUCUUCCUUUUUAUCUUCUUUUCCGUAUAACGUCACAGGAAGAGCUCGCACGUUGGCGUCAUGGUAUAAAGUCAUAGGAACAGCUCAAAGAUAUAUAUCAUGACGUCAUAGUAUUACGUCAUAGGAAGGACUCUUACGUAACCAUAUACCCAUGACGUCAUGGUUUAAUACAUUUGAAGAGCUCCCAGAUAGCCAUAUAUGCAUUACGCUUAAUCGGACAGCUAUUUUAUUCCAAUUUUUAUUUUUUGCUUCUCUUAAACCCUAUUUAUUAAUUGUUCUCCGUUCGCAGUUCGAGUAGUUUGUAAUAUGUCGUUCCGGUUCAAUGCUUGCAAUCUGCGCAUGGCGUUUAGGAUUUUUAGAGUGAUUUAGUUUAAUGUGACACAGGUUCAAACAUACUAUCUGUGGUUCCCUAUAGUGUAAGGAAACUGGCCUUUGUUGUAACCCCCCAUAUAUUGUGCGAGCGCUAACAGCGGUAUGCUUGCAGGCGCGUACACAGGAGCGGAGAGCAAGGUGCGCGCAGGGUGCACCCUCCCCCCCCCCCCAAAAAAAAAGUUGGUCAUUUCUUAAGUACUAUGCUUUUUCCAUGUGAUACCUAUGACUGCGCAUGUCUCACCAUGUGUCCUUAUUUGCUGUUGUAAGGUAUGGCGUUACUAGCCCGGCUAAAAGAACCCGCUAAUGUUUUUUUCUAACUUAUGCGAGAAUUUAUCUUAUCCCAGUCAUGUUUCUUGGAAUUAAUUUUUUUUAUAAUUUUAAUACUUUAAUUCAGAAACUACUUACCACAUUUUAAUUCAAUUAGCAAGUGUCCUGUAUCUUAUUGACAAAGUGUUAGUUGCUAUUAACGACGGUAAAUAUUCCGUAAAUAUUCAAAUGCAAAUUAAAUUCCAAAGCCUUAAAAAA